UGUAAACAUGUUCGAGGUGUUUGUGAUGUUAUGAACUUUGAUCAUUUUAGGUUUUUAAAAUUAGUACUAACUAUGGGUUAGGAUGGCAGCUAUGAAUUCGGUUGUGGUCGCUGUUGAGUACUGCGGUGCAAAGCACUGCUUUUUGUCGAUAGCACAUCCAGCGGUGAAAUACAGUAACGACGAAAAUGAAGUUCGUGUGUUUCGAGCAGAAUUUAGUGAUGAUCGCCAGGCUUUCUUCUCUUUAUCGAAUGAUCUAAGUGGACGAAGCAGUCAUAAUGAGAAUACAGGACAACUAAGUGGCCUGUAUGCAGAGAAGUUAGGCAUAUCUGAGGGAGAAGAAAUUCUCCUGUCUCCCGUGAAAGGAAUCCUUGCUGCGGAUCGGGUUGACAUUGAACCGGUGUCAGUUGACGAUUGGGAAAUACUUGAGCGUCAUGCCGCAUAUGUCGAGAGUCAUUUACUGGAUCAGAUUCGCGUCGUCUGGACAGACCAGGUGGUUCCGGUUUGGGUGGAGAAGUCAGUCUGUAUUUUCCUUAAGAUAGUUGGUACCGAGCCUACUGGCAGUUGCUUGAUUCUCGCAAAUGAAACUGAAAUUGUCGUUUCCGCCAAAAUUCGGAAUCAUGCCGACUUUACAAGAAAUGAAUCAUGGGGAUCUAGUGACAAAGAGGCAUCUGCUGAAAAACUUACCAAAGGGCAAAAAGCUAGACGACCCAAAUAUCGAUCAUUGCCUUUCCCCAAGUCAGCAAAUGAAGAUGAAGAGCGACGUUUGCCUGACUUUAGUGAUAAGAACUCAACACAAAGUGACAGUGUUGUGACAAAGAAAAUGCGUCCAUCCAUUUAUCGCCAGUCGUCAUUGUUAGGAAAAAUGUGGACAUACGUUUCAGCGUGGUUGCCCCUUGCAAACGAGAUUCCACAUACAGUAGACGAAGUUUCGAGUUUCGACGAGCAAGAAUGCUUUGUUAUUGAUCGGUACAACUUGGUGUUCCGUGUGCAGGCUAUGAAAUUUUCAUGCAAUCCGGAGGAUUUCUCAGACAAAUCUGUGCUGAAAAAUAUUCCAAGGGGAUUAAGAAAGUCGAGGUAUGGGAAAAAAUAUGGGUUGAAAACGUCGAGGAUUUUAACCGAUUCUGACACUUCUAGUGAAGAUGGUGAUUUCGCUGCAUCAACUACUCCGGAACUUUUUCAAUCUACCACUGUGUAUGUUGCCGUCAACGAUGUUUUGAAGCAGGUUGAGACUAACUUUGUACAGGGGUACAUCCCACGUGUCUUUUACGCCCAACUGCGGAAACUGCUGUCGCCAAAUGAAAUCGCACGACAGGAAUCAGGCACGGCCGAUAUUAAGAGAAGCAAAUCCAUUGGUUCUUCAGAUGACAAAAAGACCAACAGUGCUAAGAAUGGCAGACAAAAGUCGGAUGCAACUGGAGAGGUGAAAAGUGAAAUGUGUUGUGUUGUGCGUGUGGUGGCUGUGGAUACCAAGGGACCGCUUGCCGAUUCAAGAUGGCCGCAUUGUAUCUUGCGACUGUUUGAUGAGCAGCCCAUUCUCUCUGGUCACAUCAUUGUCCCAGAUCUGCUGAGAAGACAGAUGAAACUUGACGUCACUGGGAAAGUCUGGUUGCAGACCGUGCAGUGCGAACCAGAUGACUCUAAAGCAAUAGAGUUAUUCCCCUUAUCUGUUGUUCCACGUAAGGUGAACAACAACAUGAUAAGUUUAGCGUUUCGUACGUGGAUUCGGCAGUGUGCGGAUGAAGAUCAUCCUCUAGUGCUAUUUCAAGGCAUCUUGAUCAAGUUCAUGAUUUUCCCAGGACUUCAUGUUGAAGCCCAGCUCAUGUUUACACCAUCGUCGGAGACACACAGCCACCAGCCGUAUAUCCUGCUGCACGAAGGCAACGUUGAUGAUGUAGCCGUGUCCAUCCACAAAGACGUGUCGAAGAACGAGUUGUCGCUCAUCAGCCCGCUGCUGCCGUAUCGUCAGGUGUCCGAUAUUGAUCCCAUGGUGCCCGUCACAGAAAUCAGCUCUUUGGGAGGGAUUGACGAAAUCUCUCAGCAAGCUCUUCAACAUCUUGACACAUGUCUCGGGUCGACCCCGCUGUCUAGAGUUAUCUUCCCCAGUGACCCCGGACUUCACAAUGGAAUGUUGCUCAUCACAGGACCGAAGGGUUGCGGGAAAACCAGUUUUGGUCGAGCACUGUGCAGACGAUUGGCCGAGCUGCCUACAAUUGCGCACACAGUCGUUGUGGAUUGUAAACCACUGAGAGGUAAGCGGGUAGACAACAUUGUGAAGAAUCUGGAGGCAUUGUUUGAUGAGGCCGCGUGGAGACAACCGACAGUGAUUUUCCUCGAUGACCUUGACGUGAUCGCUAGCGCUCCGACCGGACCGGAAACAGAGAUGUCCGGUGAGGCCCUGUAUGCGGCCAAAGUUGCGGAAGUUAUCAAAAAUCUAGUGCGGUUUGAAAUACACAAUGAUUCAAGAAUUGCUUUGAUAGCUUCCAGCCAAUCACCAGCCACGUUACAUGCCAAUCUGAUGACAUCACGAGGAAGCCAUCUCAUCCAAGAGAUUGUAACAAUUACACCUCCAAAUAAGGAUCAGAGGAAAUCCAUUCUGAUGUCAGUAAUCAAGAACAAAUCUCACAUUUCGAAUGACUGCCUGAAUGACCUUGACCUUGAACUGAUUUCACGGGGAACUGAAGGAUUUGUGUCCCGUGACAUUGAACACCUUGUAAACAAAGCCAUCCAUGCCAAAUUUCUAGGAGCUAGCUCCAUGUCGAGUCCCGAGCAGAUCCUACUGUCUCAGCGAGACUUUGACGUGGCGCUGGAAGGAUUCAAACCAGCGUCCAUCAGGAAUUUGUCGCUACAUCAAGCGGGAGAGCUGACAUGGGACGAUAUCGGUGGGUUGACCAGCGUCAAGAAAACUCUUGUUGAGACCCUGCAGUGGCCCACAAAGUAUCCCCAGUUGUUCGCAGCAUGUCCCAUACGGACCCAGUCUGGGAUUCUGCUGUAUGGGGCUCCAGGCACCGGGAAGACACUGCUGGCAGGUGUAGUGGCUAAAGAGUGCGGACUCAACUUCAUCAGUAUCAAGGGUCCAGAGCUUCUAAGCAAAUAUAUUGGAGCUAGUGAGCAGGCUGUAAGAGAUUUGUUCUUCAGAGCCCAAAGUGCAAAGCCGUGUAUUCUGUUCUUUGACGAGUUCGACUCACUGGCCCCGAGGCGAGGACACGACAGCACCGGGGUGACGGACCGGGUGGUGAACCAGUUGUUGACACAGCUGGACGGCAUCGAGAGUCUUACUGGUGUGUACAUUUUGGCUGCGACGAGUCGUCCGGACCUCAUUGACCCAGCCUUGUUGAGACCGGGUCGCCUCGACAAGAGUCUGCACUGUGGUCUCCCUACCAAGAGCGAGAGACUGUCCAUCCUUAAAUCUCUGACUAGGAAAAUGUAUUUAUGUGACGACGUCAACCUACAGAAACUAGCCGACGAAUGUGAAAACUUCACGGGAGCCGACUUUAAAGCUCUGCUUUACAACGCUCAACUCAAAGCAAUCCACGAACAUACCGACAUCAAUUACUUCGAGAAACGAGCCACGUUAACCAGGGGAGACAACUCUUCCAACACUACAGAAGAACCAACAGAGAAGGGGCAUACAACUGAUGUGUCUACUGUAGAGGGAGACAACCACGUGAAGCUUGUCACCAAACCUAGUUUUAAAGAUACUGUAGUGUUUGAAUUUCCACCACAAAAAGUGAAAGUUCUGAGUCCCAUAGAGGAAAAGGAUUCAAUAGAGAAAUCUGUGGUCAAGGCAGUUGGUAAAGUGCCGGGGAAGAUGAAAAACCAUUUAGAUUCCAAGUUAUCGAUGGGUGUUAGAAAGCAGACUGUGGUUCAGCGCGUUACGAUUAUUCCUAACCUGGAGACUGGCCCCAUGUGUCUGACACAGGAUCAAGAAGAGAAGGUUAUUACCAUGAUUGAUGAGAUCUACAGACGUGAGAAUGUGAAAACCCUGAGCUCGGACCUCCACAGACAGACCUCCGAGCCCGACACGGAACGUCACCUGAUCGAGGUCAACCAAUCACACCUCCUGAAGGCUCUCGCUGGUCUACGGCCAUCGGUGUCAGCUGAGGAACGUGACAGAUAUAAGUAUAUAUAUGAACAUUUCAUGUCAUCUCGCCACGCUGAUUUCAGUCCAGAUCUGGCAUCUGAAAUGAAACGAGCAACCCUGGCUUGAUCCAUGACAUUGGCUUGAUCCGUGACUUUGACUUGACAUUGGCUUGAUCAGUGACAUUGACUUAACAUUGGUUUGAUCAGUUGAUUUGAUCCGUGACAUAGGCUUGACCAGUGACAUUGGCUUGAUCAGUGACAUUGGCUUGAUCAGUGAUGUUGGCUUGAUCAAUGACAUUGGCUUGAUUAGUGAUGUUGGCUUGAUCAGUGACAUUGGCUUGAUCAGUGACAUUGGCUUGAUCCGUGACAUAGGCUUGACCAGUGACAUUGGCUUGAUCAGUGACAUUGGCUUGAUCAGUGAUGUUGGCUUGAUCAAUGACAUUGGCUUGAUUAGUGAUGUUGGCUUGAUCAAUGACAUUGGCUUGAUCAGUGAUGUUGGCUUGAUCAAUGAUAUUGGCUUUAUCAGUUGGCUUGAUAUGUGACAUUGACUUGACAUUGGCUUCAUCAGUUGGUUUUCUCAGUGACAUUGGCUAAAUCAGUGUUUUUGUUUUGAUCAGUCACUUUGGCUUGAUCAGUGAGAUUGGCUUGAUCAGUGGUGUUGGCUUGAUCAGUGACACUGGCUUAAUCAGUGAUAUUGGUUGGAUCAGUGAUGUUGGCUUGAUCAAUGACAUUGCCUUGAUCAGUUGGCUUGAUCAGUGGCAUUGGCUUAAUCAGUGAUAUUAGCUUGAUCAGUGACUUUGGCUUGAUUAGUGACUUUGUCUUGAUCAGCGAUGUUGGCUUGAUCAAUGACAUUGGCUUGAUCAGUUGGCUUGACAUUGGCUUAAUCAGUGACAUUAGCUUGAUCAGUGACUUAGGUUGAUUAGUGACUUUGGCUUGAUUAGUCAUUUUGGCUUGAUCCAUGACAUUGGCUUGUUCUGUGACAUUGUCUUGAUCAGUGAUGUUGGCUUGAUCAGUGACAUUGGCUUGAUCAGUGACAUUAGCUUUAUCAGCAACUUUGGCUUGAUUAAUGACAUUAGCUUGAUCAGUGACUUUGGCUUGAUCAAUGACAUUGGCUUGAUCAGUGACAUUAGCUUGGUCAGUGACUUUGGCUUGAUCAGUGACCUUUUAUUUCUAUCCUGUGACCAUUAUUAACUGAGCCACCUAAGUGACUUUUAGUUACAUCAUGUUUUACAUCCAAAGUUUUAAAUUGGCAGAGAUCAAGAUGCAAAAGUGCCUCUCAAAACACACAAUAUGCUUUGUGAUACUGUUUCACAAGCAGCUUUUACGUUCCAUCCCAGAUCAUUGUAUGACUAUUCAGAUUAAGAUGAUUAGUUUCAAUUUACAUAUCAGUACCAGUGGGUUGUUUUAUGGUAAAUGAAACAUAGUGCUAUAAUGUAUCAGUGAGUUUAAAAUUCAUAGCAUGAUGUACAUAUUAUGGAGAGUUACAUAUUAUUGUAUAUCGCAGUGUUUACAUUAUGGAGUGUUACAUAUUAUUGUAUAUCGCAGUGUUUACAUUAUGGAGUGUUGCAUAUUAUUAUAAGUAAUAGUGUUAUACUGCAUCACUUUUUUGUCUGGGUAUGUAUUUCAGUCGGAUAUCAGUUUUGAAGCACAAACUUUAAAUUGUGAUUGUAUCAUGGUGUUGUUUUGGAGUGUUGUGGUUAAUAAUGAUUUGCCAGGGACGUAGUGUGGUCCUAAGUAAGGAUUUGGGGGGGGGGGAGGGUUCGAAUAUGAACCCACAAGACCAUUUUUGUUUACAUUUUCCUUAGACAUCUAAAAUGAAACCUCUCAAAACUGGACCCUCUGUAAACCGAAAUUCCCUCAAAAACGGACGUUUUUCAUGGUCCCUUUUUAAAUAUCUGUACAGAAGAGAACCUCACUAAACCAGAUACCUCUUAAUACCAGACUUUUUACUUGGUCCCGAGAGUGUCUGGUGUCCGGUUUAAAGGAGUUUCACUGUAUAUGAAUAGGCUAAUACUGCACUGUAAAAUAAUGUGUUACCUGGGAGGGUGGGGUAUCAAACUACCAGCCUAUGGCCCUGUUUACAAAAUUAUAUUGUGAAGUUGUGUUAGCAGAGUAGACAUAGUUUGUUAAUUAAUGGAACCAUGACGGGUUACUACAAUAAAACAUGGGUGACGUGUAAUACACAAGAUAUACCACACUGACUCAUACAACCCUGGCAAUUAACCACGGAAACCAUACUGUUUUUAGUUCACCACAGCAUUUAUUUUGCCGUGGAACUGUCAAUUUUUACAUAUCACUUUUGUUAAUUAAUUGAUUAUUUUUUGUUUCACAAUACUGACAAAUUAAACUCCUUACUUUUAUACAUUAACCACAAAACUACCAUUGAGUCUUAUUUUUCCACAGCAUAUUUAUUUUGCUGUGACAAUUUACUUAAUUGUCAGGGCAGCACUUACCACACUUGUUCAGAUUGAAUACUCCAUGCUAGGCGUAAGUAAUCCAAGUAACCAAUCUUGAGUGUUGUUGCAGAUUUAGAAAUUUCACUCCAAUGUAAAAUGGUAAUAAAAGAGAGUCGAUUGCAUUUGGCCAAUCAUGGGUGUGAUUGAUUUGAAAAUAGUAACCACACAUAAAAUAAUUCUUUGAAAACAUACCGUAGUAUAAGUACCCAUUCGUGUAGUUUCCUUGUAGAUUUAGUACUAUGAAGCCCCCAACAAAUAGAGAAUAAUACAUUAGUGGCCGUUAGAUACCAUUUAUCUCACAACGAGUUGUGUUAAAGGGACAGACCCUAGUUUCAACCCGUGAAAAUUAACACAAGUUUAUUUAAUC